AUGUCUGUGGCAACAUCAAGUACUAAUGAAUUGAACUUUUUAAAGAAAACAGUUACGGUUUCGCCAUUGGUUUUGUUAUCUGUCGUUGAUCAUUUCAACAGAGUAGCCAAGGACAGUAAAAAGAGAGUUGUUGGUGUGAUAUUGGGAGACAAUUCAACAGAUACCAUCAAAGUCACCAACUCCUAUGCCAUACCAUUUGAGGAAGAUGAGAAGAAUCCAGGGGUUUGGUUUUUGGAUCACAAUUAUAUCGACUCCAUGGGCGAAAUGUUUAAAAAGAUUAAUGCAAAAGAAAAGUUGAUUGGAUGGUAUCAUUCAGGUCCCAAGUUGAGAGCAUCAGAUUUGAAGAUUAAUGAUCUUUUUAGAAGGUACACGCCUAAUCCGUUACUUUUGAUUGUUGAUGUUCACUCAAAGGGAGUGGGAAUUCCAACCGAUGCCUAUUUUGCCGUUGAUGAUAUCAAGAACGAUGGGUCAGCAGCUGAGAAAACGUUUGUCCACGUUCCAUCUUUGAUCGAAGCAGAAGAGGCCGAGGAGAUCGGUGUCGAACAUUUGUUGAGAGACAUCAGAGACCAAGCUGCGGGAAAUUUGUCAUUGAGAGUGACGCAAACAUACCAAUCGUUGUUGGGAUUGCACCAAAAAUUGAGAGACAUUGCAACUUAUUUGGAAAAAGUAUACAACAAGAACUUGCCAAUCAACCAUACAAUUUUGGGAAAACUCCAGAAUGUCUUUAACUUACUACCUAACUUGGUACAACCGGCAGGAAGCUCACAAACCGGUGUAGAUGCUGCUACCGGAAGUGAGUUGGCCACUGCAUUCACUGUCAAGACCAAUGAUGAACUUAUGAUUAUAUACAUUAGUACAUUGGUUAGAGCUAUCAUUGCAUUCCAUGAUUUGAUUGAGAACAAAUUGGAGAACAAGAAGUUGAAUGAGAAGAAAGCACUAGAAGCAGAGUCGUUAGUCGAGGAUAAAAGUGCAAUCACCGCGGAGUUGCACACGGUCAACAACUUCAAUUUCUUCUUCCACAAUACCAAACGAAGCUUCAUCAAAAGCCAGAAUUUUAUCAACAAUCAAUUUUUAACUCGAAAAGUGAAACUACCUCAUGUUCCUACCAAGAAUACCUCAUAUGCAAAACUUCAUAAUAAGUCACUUUUAAACGAGUCCAAAGGUUCAGGAUCGGCAUCUGUUUUAAACGUGGCCUCAAAAGUCCUUACUUGUCAAGAACCAGAAGCGAAGCUGUCUCAAAGCUUGUCCUCGGAGGAUGGAUCUGCCAACAACAUUCCAUUUAAAGUAUCGCCUAAAACACCAAGAGUUACCAAAGUUGAGCCUGUGUCUAUUCUCGGAUCCAGAACUGGCUUGAGGGAUGAGCUCAGAGCAUAUGUUAAACUCACGAAACCUAAUUUGACAGUGUUGGUAACCUUAAGUUGUAUCUGCUCCUACGCCAUCUCACCAUUAAGUGUCUCCUUCUUUGAACUAAUAUUUUUGACAGCAGGGACAGCUCUAUGCUCGGGGGCCGCAAAUGCGAUUAAUAUGGGACGAGAGCCGGAUUUCGAUAAACAAAUGCCUAGAACCAUGGGCCGCCCAGUAGUGAGAGGGUUGAUUACUCCACAACAAGCUUAUAACUUUGCCGGGUUGAUAGGAACCACGGGUGUAGCCAUGCUUUGGUAUGGCGUCAAUCCCGUUGUGGCCUCAUUGGGUCUAUUCAAUAUUGUGUUGUAUGCUUGGAUAUACACCUCGAUGAAGAGGAAAUCUAUAAUCAACACAUGGGUCGGUGCUAUUGUUGGUGCUAUACCUCCAUUGAUGGGCUGGGCUGCAUCAUCCUCGUUGGUGCAUCCAGGUGCAUGGUGUUUAGCUGGUUUACUUUAUGCAUGGCAAUUUCCUCAUUUCAACGCCUUGUCUCAUGGAGUAGCACAGCAGUAUAAACAAGCAGGGUAUGUAAUGACGGCUGCUGAAAAUCCAAAGCUAAAUGCAAGGGUAGCAUUGCGUUAUUCUAUAUUAAUGUUUCCGCUCUGUUUUGGAUUGAGUUAUUUUGGUAUAACUGACUGGGUUUUCCCAUUCGAUUCAGCCAUUGCCAACGCAUGGCAAGCGUACUUGGCGUUCAAGUUUUGGCAACAGCAACAGCGAAACUACAGUAAUCCUAAAGGACCCACUACAGAGGGAAUAGCAUUGGCUGGUAUCCAUGCAAAGAAACUAUUCUGGUGCUCAAAAAGAUACAAAAACAUGUUCAAAACACCAACUAGGAAUAAGAAAUAUGAGCAGCUGGUAGACAAGACUUUGGCACUAUUUGAAUCACUCGAGGAAUGGGCCGACUAUAUUGCAUUUUUGUCGAAACUUCAAAAAGUUUUACAAUCAUUUGUUGACUCUGACGAAGGAGAAUCAUUCUUUGUUCCCAAUACAAAGGAAGUGUCUUACCGACUAGCUUUAUGUUUGUCCCCCACAUUACCAAAUGGAGUACAUCAAAAGACAUUGAACAUAUACGAAUUCAUAUUCGAAAAUCUCAGCAAGUCGCAAUUGAAUUCGGAUGUGAGCCUUUGGCUACCUGGUAUUUUGCCACUUUUCUCAUACUCUUCAAUACAGAUCAAGCCUCAACAAAUCAAGAUCUUGAAAACGUUGAUUGUCGACAAAUUGAGUCGAGAAACUUUGAGGAACUUGAUCAAGCCAUUGGUUCUUUGGUUUUUAUCGGGAAUGGAAGAUACCAACUCAGAAGUGUUCAAUGACGUUCACUCACUAAUGACUUCUUUUAAAUCCAAACUCAAUGAUGAUUCUCAAUUUUGGCAUUGUAUUUUCCUUUGCAUUAUAAACACACCCGAGAGGAGAAUGGGGGCAUUGCAUUGGUGCGAAAGGAAUUUGCCAGAGUUUACCAAUACAAAAGAUGAAAGGGGCAAUCCACUUUUUUCACAAGAAGCUCAGCUUUGCAUGAAGCCAGAGGCAGGACUCUUGGUGAGAGCCUUUGCAAUUGUGAUUGGAUCAUCUUCUCUGUCUGACAUUUUGGUUACCAGAGGAUUCUUUGAUUUGCUUUUAUCUCGAGUACCGUUGGACAGUGCAAUUUUUGAUAACAAGGUUACAUCAAAAGAUAAAGAUUUGUUGAUUAUGUCAUGUUGCAAGAUAACAUUAAACAAAGACGUGAGCUUGAAUAGAAGAGUCUUGAAUUACUUUUUGGGUCCAGAUGUUGAAAGUGAUAGUGAAUCUAGAAGAAAAUACUUUAAGCAGAACGCCAAAGAGUCAUUGAGCAGAGGACUUAUCAAAAUGGGGACAUCCGAGUCCAAGAAAGAUCAAUUAGAAGCAUUGAGGAUGUCUUUCUAUCUAAUAAUGGACAAAUGGGAAAUAAAUUUUGAACUAACUCGUGAACUAUUCUCCCCAUUUCUUUACCACUGUUAUGAGAAGCGUAGCGACGAAGAGGUGAUGAAAAUAGCAAUGAGCUUCUUUGAUGAAACCGAAUCUUGUUACAUUUGGAACGAAGUUUUCAAGCUUAUUGUUUUGAAUGAAAAGUCCAAUUAUGAUAUAAUUGAAUUCAUACUCAAGCAUUUCCAUCUCAACGAAGACGAAAAUGUAACUACUUUUUCACCGUUGGCAUUGUCGUGUCUCCUAUCUGGUCUUGAGAUAAACAGUCAGAAACUCGAACUUAUUGAGAUUAUGUUUGGGUAUAUACAGAAGGAGAAUUUGGGUGACGUUAGCAAAGAAUCUGAUUUAUCUAGCUCUCAAUUAUUGGAAACAGUUAUUAAGUGGACGGAACAAGAAACGAGCCAGGACCUGAAAACCCUGCCAUAUCAUUUUGGCGAAUUGUUACCAUACAUACUCAAGCAAUUGGAAACCCUCUAUCUCAAGAAUUCUUCAAAUUUGGUCUGGGGUUCAAGAGUCGGCAACCUUUUGAUUCGGUUAUUUGAUGCCAUUGAAUCCAUUGAUGAGAAACAUGCUGUGUCGGAGAAAUUAUUAACAAACUGGUCAAGAGAUGCACCUGCCAAGCCUGGCAGUGAAGAUAUUUCCAUUGCAUUGACAAGAGUAAAUUUGCUUAAUCAUUUAUCCAAAUUCAUCAGUGUAGUGCAAAAGCAAAAAUGCUUGAAAUACAUAUUAACCAGCCUAUGGCAAGCAGUGAUAUCUUCCAACCCUGCCAAUCACCAAGUUGAAGCAGUCAAGAGCAUAUUUGAGUUGAAGUUUACAUUCUCCAUGAAUAAGAUUGAGGCUGGCAUUUUGGAAUUGUUUUUGAAAUUAACAAUUGACAAACAAAUCGCUGCAUUCGAAACAUUGUAUAUUCAUACAAUUGGUAUUAACGAGGCGGAACAUGUCUUGAGCCGUCAAUUUCAACUAAUUUUGGAUAAAUCGGGUGGCAAUGAAAGACAACAUUAUGAAGCUGUAUUGGAUUUAAUCAAUCGAGUUAUAAGCAAUAAUAACCCACAAAGAUUACUCAAUUUGUGCUUUAACCCAUUAACAAAGUUUGGAUUCAUGGAAAAUGGUCAUUUUAAGCUUGAGUGCAGUGAUUAUUGGGAUCAAUAUGCUUAUGAUUUGAGAAAAAUUGAUACAUUGUUUGAUUUUGAUCUGAAGAACAUUAGGCACCACAUUAGCAGUGACCAAUUUGUUGUGCCAGAUGGAGAAAAUGAGCAUGAAUACAACUUGCAAAUAUCAUACAAGAGGUAUUUGCUCUUGCUCUUGAAGGAAAACCUAAGACUAAUAUCUUUACCAGAUCCAUUAGGAUUUGGUAAAGAUGAGUACCGUGUCAUUGCUGAUUUAAGCUUGAACAUUUAUAUUAAGCUAAUAACUGGAAAUGAGAAGACAUUUGAAACUUUGUUUGACGAAUUGCUUACUGACGCGUUCAAUCAUAUAAACGCUGAAGAUGAGAACAUUGUAUCCGAGUCAACCACUGGGAAUUUCUUGCAAUGCAUCUUCCAUUUCCUUGAGCGUGCAUCUGGAUCAAAUACCAAGUUAAAUUUGUUACAUGUUCAUGAGCAGGACAAGGGUCCAGUGUUGGUGAACUUGAUUCAAUCAGGGGUAGCAAAAUGUCAGUCACCAAUUCUACUUGAAAAAUACAUGACCUUAUUAAUCAAAUCAGCUUAUCUUUUUGGUGAUUCGAUUUUCAGCAUCUUGCUCACUUUAACUGAAACCAUCGUUUUGAAAAUCAAUUCGUUAUUCAAUCGCUUCCUCAACUGGGAUGAUUUUGCAGCAAAUGAAAACUUUGAUGAGUCAAUGAUUAUCCUUUUUGAUGGGUUGGAGAAUUUCCUAACCGUUUGUCAUAGUUAUCUAAUGCACUCAAAUGCUAAAAUCCAAAUCGAGUCACAAAUGAAUAGAGAGUCGGCGAGUAAUGGAUUUUUAAACAGUGUAAUGCUGGGAGUCUUCCAAAUAGAAUCACCUUCAACCAAAGAUACUGAACAAAAUAAGCAUUAUUCAACUCUUAUCGCUUUUCAUGAUGCCACAAAAGUCAGCUUUAAAAUAUGGGAUUGGGCUGAUUCUAAAACAAACAUCCCCGAAAAUGUCACCACUUACUCGGAUCGUUCAUUGACUUUUGUCUCCCAUAAUCUUAAAUUUAGAACCAAGACAUUUUUGGACCGAUUGAUUGAAUUGGAAAGACAGGAAAUUGUCAAUACCUUGAUCACUUCCCAUAUUCAGUUAUCCAGUGUGUUGAAGGUUUUAAAUAUCUUGGAUAACGGCAGAUCACAAGUGACAUUGCCUUAUUUGUUCAAUUAUAUCAAGAUGAAAUUCCACCCUCAGUCAUUUUUGGAUACAAACAAGACUUAUGUUGAAUCAAAUGUGGAUACAAACGAAUUGUCCAAUUUUAUAGUGGCGUUCUACGACUUUAUGGAUUCCGAUACAAUGCUGGAUAUUUGGAAUCAAACAUUGGAAUUUUGUGAGAUUGUUGGCUCGCAAAUAACCCAAUUUGAAGCUAUUGUACCGGCAGUUUUACAAAUCUGUAAAGUUAUGUCUAUCAAGACGAACAAUAUUAGAAACAAAGAUUUGAAAAACAAGAAGCUGUUAUCCGAGAGCUUUACUCGACUUUUAACCCAAUACAUCAAUUAUAAUUCGUUUACAAAACCGAAAUCAGGCGGUGCUGACGAUGGUGUGGUAUAUGAUCAACAAUUUGUUGAUGCAUUAUGCGACUUGAUCCCAGUUUUGGAUGAAAUCUACCAUGAUUCGGAAAAGACAAGUCAAGCUGUUGGGCUCAUCAUUAACAAUGUCAUUUCAACCCAGAAUAAGAGAAAGAAUUUCCAGUUAAACGACGCGUCCUUACACUUGUUGCAGUUGUUGGGACAAAAUUACCCUACAAGAAUUUGGAAAUCUUCGGUGGCAGACUUAUUCAACGAUGCAAAGUUCUUCACCACCAAUACAGCCUCUAAUUGGAAAUGGAUGGAGAUUGUUCAAACUUGGAUUGAGAAUGAUAAAGACAAAUUGGAUGACAAGAUUAACAAACUUGCACCGUCAUCAACAAACUCCCCCGCGGGGACAUUAUUCAACUGGAAUGAAGAAUCUGAAAUUGAGACUAAAAUUAAUAUAUUGAAACAGUUGACAUACAUCAUUCUAGUUCAACCUCAUGAUUACUUUGCGAACAAGAUAAAUCAAAUUUUUGACAAGGUGAAUCAGUUGCUAAGUCUAAACACGUGUCCCACUCUGAUUCGAAUUGAAAUUAGUACUUUAUUACGAGCCAUUGUUUUGAAAGUCAGCGAUAUUCAUCUUACUUCUCAUUGGGCAUUGAUAAUUUAUGAAUUGCAACAGGUUUUUGCCUUGAUUUCUCAGCCACCAAAAUCACCAAAGGAACUAACAUCGAUACCUUCAGAUGCAUUGCAGUUGUUACUAUUUGCAUCAAAAUUGCUUGACGAAUUGUUAAUUAUCAACCCUGAUGGAUUCAAUUUGAAUUCGUGGUUGUUUAUCAGCAUUGAUUCUGAAAAUAAAUCCACCCAAUCUAAUCUGAUUAUUGAUUGUAUUUCCAAUAAUAAUGAUUUUACUUUUUUGAAAAACGAUGCAAUUAAAUUAAACCACGGAGGUUUACUGGAUGAAACUAGUCUAAGUCCAUUAUUGGAAGGCGUGAGACAAAUUUCUCUGAUUACCCAAUUGAGAUUGUUUUUUGAUUCAUUAAGUAUGAUACACUACGAACGUACUUAUAGUUUGAAACCAGUCAAUUAUAAAACAUGUCGAGGUGAUAUUAUUCAUGACUUGAUCACCAUAACCAAAGGAUAG